GUACCUGCGGCGUCCGCCAUCUUUAUGACAUCAUCACGUCGCUGCGGCGCCAUCUUCCGCGUAGCCCCGGGAAGCUACUUUCUUUUCCCGGCGUUCCUAAGAGGGCAGCCCUUGUGGUUUAGAGCCUUUGGGCGCGGGGUACGCUGGGAGUUGUAGUCCCGGCGGACACAGCCUUCCGGAGUCUCCGGAAGCGGAGGCGUGAGAGGCCGGGCUGUGCGGGCUCUGGGUAGCGGGACGCCCGAUUGCUGCCGGGCGCUGCUCCCGGGGCAGGUCAUGAACGGGCCAGCGGACGGCGAAGUGGACUACAAGAAGAAGUACCGGAACCUGAAGCGGAAGCUCAAGUUCCUCAUCUACGAACACGAGUGCUUCCAGGAGGAGCUGAGGAAGGCGCAGAGGAAGUUGCUGAAGGUGUCCCGGGACAAGAGUUUCCUCCUAGACCGCCUUCUGCAGUACGAGAACGUGGAUGAAGAUUCUUCUGACUCCGAUGCCACUGCAUCUUCAGACAACAGCGAGACAGAGGGAACGCCCAAGCAGUCAGACACGCCAGCCCCUAAGAGGAAGAGAAGCCCUCCGCUGGGGGGUGCCCCCUCCCCCUCCAGCCUCUCCCUGCCUCCUUCAGCGGGGUUUCCCCUUCAGGCCUCCACGGCCCCCUCCCCGUACCUGAGCUCGCUGGCUUCCCCCCCCUACCCCCCAUUCCCUUCUGACUACCUGGCCCUGCAGCUGCCCGAGCCCAGCCCCCUGAGGCCCAAGCGGGAGAAACGGCCCCGCCUGCCCCGGAAACUCAAGAUGGCGGUGGGACCCCCCGACUGCCCCGUGGGAGGGCCGCUGACCUUCCCAGGCCGGGCUUCUGGGGCCGGGGUGGGGGCGGCCCUGGCCCCCUUGCCCCCCCCCAAGAUGCCCCCUCCCACGAUCCUGAGCGCCGUCCCCCGGCAGAUGUUCAGCGAUGCGGGCAGCGGGGACGACGCCCUGGACGGGGACGACGACCUGGUGAUCGACAUCCCGGAGUGACUCCCUGGCUGGGCGCCCGCCCUGUGCCCGAAGUCCGCACACAUGAGCCCCCCACUUCCGCAGAGACGUUUAUUGGCGUCCAGUUGCCAUGCCGCGGCCGCUGACACAUCAGAAGAGGCGUAAACAUGCACGAAUGUCCCCCCCCCACGGAGAGGUGGGUCCCCGUGGGGCGGGGCAGAGGCCCAGCCCUCCCAUCCCGGCCCCAGCCAGGGGACAGUUCUUUACCUGGGUGGCCACGAGCAUCUGCCCACUCUGGGACAGGCAGAGAGCCCGCGGUGCUUUCCCCAUUUAAAAGGGCAGCUGUACAGGGCUAGGUUGGUUGGUUUUUAACGAGGAUUCUGUAUUAAAGGAGCGGCUCUUUUUGUG